AUGGUCUUAAAACCUUUCACCUACCCAUUUCCAGAGACAAGGUUUUUUCAUAUAGGACUCAAUGUAUAUAAAUUCAAACUCAGAUAUGGCAACAGCAUCAGAGGAGAAGAAACAGAAAAUAAGGAAGACAUCAUUCGGGAGCUGGAGGAUUCUAUUCGUGUAGUCUUGGCAAACUCAGACAACCUGCAACCAUUUGUCACACAACACUUCAUUGUGUUUCCCUAUAAAAGCAAAUGGGAGAGAGUUUCCCACCUGAAAUUUAAACAUGGAGAAAUCAUCUUGGUUCCCUACCCGUUUGUCUUCACGCUAUAUGUGGAGAUGAAAUGGUUUAAUGACAGCUUUCAACCUGGGAAACCAGUAAACAACAUUCCUUUUGAGCUGGCUCUGUCUGAGAAACAAGCAGGAGGAGUACCAAUGAAGAAACGAAAACUCAUGGAAGAGCCGCAUUCCCCCAGCAGGCCAGGGGCACACAGGGCCAAGAUGGAGACUUCUAGCCAAGGCUCAAGCAAAAAGAAAGCCCCAUUAGAAACCAUGAAGGACAGGGUUCCUGUUAACUGA